AGAUAAUGGAACUUUGAGGUUUAAAUUUAUAGUACAUAAUCACCAUAACCGCUGUGGCAAGAUCUGGGGGGCCAAGUCUGAUAGACAAGGGCAUUUCUUGUAUUGGAAGGUAAAGCUAGACUCUUAAGGCCUACUCUAUAGCGUUAUUCAAGACAGCAAGUAGAUUGACGAUCUAUUCGUUUUGUGAGGGGUUUCGGUUGCACUUUGAUCUAGCACCCCGGCAAUGCAUGUAUUACAUAGUGCAUUCUCUACUUAAACAUGUGCUUGAAGCCAUAUAUCGGUGUCCUGGUAGAGGAUAAAUAACUGCGUUGUUUCUAAUUGGAAGAUAUAGGGUGGUGACGGACUAGGAAAUAUGGCCGGAUCUUGCAGAUUCCCUUCUAGGUCAUGCUGAUAAUACCCCAAAUCUAAGGUAUAAUGGAGUAGUGGCAACUGACUACUAAGAUGCUACGUCUUUAAAUGGACAAGAGAGCCCAGAUAAAACUCCGAGAGGGUGUUCUUUCGUCUUAAACUUCACUAUCCCCAAAGCCCCAUGAUGACUUGGUUCUUAUUCUUAGUAGCGAACUUAUCGACACUGGUCGGUAACGUUCUGUCAUCGCCGCCGCCACUUGUUGAGAGGACAUGGAACAACACCAAGUAUGGUUGUAAGUGCUAUAUAGGUGAUGAUUGCUGGCCGAGCGAUGGCUCCUGGGCCAAACUGAAUUCAACGGUGGAUGGGAACCUCCUAGUGAAUAUCCCGCCGGGUGCAUCUUGUCAUAACACGUUUGAUGGCCCUCUUGGUACGGUUCAGACCUAUGAUGCUGCCGCUUGCGCGGAGGCGACGGAUAAAUGGUCUGAUGAAUCAUGGACCGUCGAGAAACCUGCAGCGGAAUUAUGGACAUAUUUCACGAAUGACACUUGUCGUCCUACUAGUAACCCUGCCGCGCCAUGCACCCUUGGCUACUAUGGAGUGUAUGUGAUACGAGCUCAGUCUAAAGACCAUAUCAAGGCAGGCGUGGAUUUUGCUAGGGAAAAUAGCUUGCGCUUAAUUAUUCGAAAUACGGGUCACGACUUUAUCGGACGUAGCACUGGCUGGGGAGCGUUGGUCAUAAAUACGCAUAGCUUCCAAGAUGUCGAGUUCACUACCGAGUACGGCGGUCCUGGUGAUUACGAAGGAGGUGCCGUAACAAUUGGGGCCGGAGUCCAGGGUCGAGCGCUGCUCACUCAAGCUCACGCCCAGAACCCACCUGUGAUGGUCUUAACGGGGGAAUGUCCAACUGUUGGCGUGGCUGGCGGGCUUGUCCAGGGCGGUGGCCAUGGACCCCUCACACCACUGUAUGGACUGGUCGCUGAUACUGCAUUGUCUUUUGACGUGUUGACGGCGGAUGGCGAAUAUCUGACUGCAAAUUCCGACGAGAAUCCCGAUCUCUUCUGGGCUUUGAAGGGAGGCGGACCGUCUGCCUUUGCUGUUGUACUUUCGGUGACCCUUAAGACGUUCCCGGAACAGAAGGCAGCCGGUGUCUUCAUCAAUAUCAACUCAACGCUUACUAGCGAUGUAGAUUUAUUUUGGGAGGGCGUCAGGUCGUUCCACAAGUAUUCAAACGAAAUCGUGGCGGCUGGUCUAUACGCUUACUUCGAACUUAUGCCAUUGCGCCUGCAUGUCCAACCCAUAGUCGGAGUCGGGAAGACUUCAGCGGAAGUGGAAGCCAUCCUCCAGCCUGUGUUUGGCGAAUUCAAAGCUAAAGGCAUUCCUUACGACACCGGUAGCAAGGAUUUUGAUACGUUAUUCGAUCUGUAUAGUGACUUAUUCGAAGAUGAGACGGCCGGCACUACGGCUCUUACAGGCGGAUGGAUGUUCACUCACCAGGACGUCGAAGAAAACAGUGACGAAAUUAUCGAGGCGUUUAAGACUGUCACGUCACCACGGGAUGACUUGAAGGACCAGGGAUUUCUCAUUGGCCAUCUCUGGGACGCUGGUCUGAAUACGCCGGUUUCAAAUAGCGCAACGAACCCGCGGUUUAGACAGUCUACAGAUUUUGCCAUCGUCGGGCUAACAGUCCCGGACGGUGCAACUUGGGCUCAGAAAGAGGACUUGCAGGAUGUGCUAACCAACAUCCAAGAUGCCGCGAUGAGGAAAGCUGGGCCGAAUGGAUGUGCUUAUGUUAAUGAGGGAGACCCGUAUCAACCUGAUUGGCAAGAUCAUUUCUGGGGCUCUGAAUAUCCGAAAUUGUUGGAAACUCGUAAGAAGUGGGAUCCUCACGGUGUCUUCUAUGCCGUGUCAACUCCGGGAACUGAAGACUGGGAGGUUAUUGAAUACGGUACAAGAUUAUGUCGAAAAUAUUGAAUGACUACCGGUGCUCAUCAACUCUAGACUGGUGCGUUGAACGGCGAGUUGAGUGUAAGUAGACGAUAGAAUGGUAGAAUGAGAGGAAUAAAGACCAUUAGAAGUUGCCGCGCGUAUCGCUUCACUCAGAUUGAUAACUUGUUGGUCAGCUUCCAUGAUUGAGGUUUUGCGACGCGUCCAUCCUAUGCUUGUGGAAUAACUGGUUUCGCUAAGAUUAGGUUGUUUAAACUAGA